CCUAGGUACAGUGUACAUACGAGUAGUAGAAAAAUUUCGCGUGAGUGUAUUGGUGUAUGUAUACCUAAUUGGUGUUAUAUCGUAAUUAAUAUUUUUGCAUUGUGUUAUAAUUAAUAAUGUUGUGUUGUCGUUUGUCGGUGUACUAUUUAGUUUUAGCAUUUUAAUGCAAUUUUUACUCCUCUAAAUUUGACAUUUAGUGGCACAUAUUCCCAAUAAUUAAUAUUUUUGGGUCCGUCGUCGUGUAUAUACUUCUUCGUGGUUCCUCCUGGUGUACUAUAUUUAAAGUUAUAAUUAGGUACCUACCUAAUUCUUCGUUUCAACUCUCAAGAUGGCAGGAGUAAAGAAAUCGCGUUUAGAAGUGCUGAUUGGAAUCAUAAUUCUAUGCGAGAUUGUUCUUCCAACAACAGCAAUUGCUCCUUGCUCACUGGAGCCAAGCGAAGAUAAUUGUAAGAUCGUAGGAGUGAAAUGUAAUCGAGAAUUAAAAGUAUGCGAAUGCUGGGACAAUCGCAUUUUUACUGCAACCGGCACUUGCUCUAACAAUACUUCCGCCAAAAACAGAACCGUCGCGUGUAAAUUUUACAAGGAUUGCCGUGAUGCAUGUAUGGAAAGUCCGUGUGGGUCCGAAACAGAAACAGUUUCAGAAAAUUCGUCUAAAGCACCGGAAAAAGUAUAUGUAAAUCGUGGCGGAUUGGGGUUCUCUGAAUGGGUUAUCAUCGCAGUUAUAGCUGCAAUUGUGACCUGUGCAACAAUUACGAGCUUAAUAGUUUCCUACCGGUUUUAUUUUUCAAGAAUCGUGGAUUGUAGGAGGUUUGUGGAGGGCAGUGAGGAUAUGGAAAUGAACAAUCAGAAUCCUGAAGCAGUCGUCUCUCCACCUGGCGACAUCCUGACCAGAGAGGAUAUGGGAACUGUUCGUGAUGCAGUUAUUGCUGCAAAUGUGACGACUACGAUUUCAUUUCUGAGGGCAUCGGAGAUUGAAGACAUGUCAUCUUCCAUCAUAACAAAUAUUCAUAAAGUCUCGGAAGGCAAAUUUAGCAAUGUCCAUAUAGGUGAGCUACAGCUACAUUCAGAAACUGACGAAACUACGAAUGAGCUACAGCUACAUUCAGAAACUGACGAAACUACGAAAACACGAGUAUUAGCACUGAAAGAAAUCAAAUGUGAUUAUGAUUCGGAGUCAGUAAAAUGUACAUUACGGGAAGUUGAAUGCAUGAGAAUGGUUAACCAUGUAAAUCUCAUACGUUUAACUGGUUUUUUUAAUAGAGGUGUUUCUAAACUACCAUGGAUCGUUUUUGAUUACGUUAAAUAUGGCAGCUUAAAAGAUGUAUUACUUGACAGCAAUACGCGUUUUCCACAGCUUAAAAGAGAGGAGCCCCAUGUUAUAACCGAGGUAAGAGAUGACUUAGUUGAUAAUGAACAUGUCCAAUUGUCUACCAAUUAG